GAAGUCAACCGUGCUGCUCGUUGGUGGGUCAGGAUGAAACUGCGUUGGCGACGCAAGGGCUUCGCUGCUUCUCUGCUCACUACGCUGGUUCUUUUCAGCCAAGAAAUGCAGGCCGCGCGGGUGCUGAACCGGUUCGUGCGCCACUACGAGCCUCUGUCGUACGAGCCCGUCGGCGUGCGUGGCUUGGGACGCUGGAAGCGAUCGGCUACCGCUCAUCGACACGACAGCAGCAGGCCACGCAUGGUACAGGUCGCCUUCAAGGCCCACGGCAGAGAGUUCCGGCUGCAGUUGACUCAGGACCGGUCAGUCUUCUCCGAGGACUUCUCUCUGGUGACGAACCGAGGUCGCGUCCAGGCCAACCUCGACCACAUCUACUCCGGACACGUUGCAGGCGCCCCCGGCAGCCGCGUGGUGGGCUCCCUGGUGGACGGCGUGUUCAGCGGACGCAUCUCGCUGGCGCCCGGUGACGACGAUGGAGACUUCUACGUGGAGCGCGCUCACACGUCCUCGACCACGUCACCCCUCUUUCACUCGCUCAUUUACGCCGCUAAGGACGUGAGCUUCGACGGCGCCGGAUGCGGAGUGCACGGACGCGCGCGCAACGCCCCCGUCGACACUCGACGCCGGCACGGGCGCGAGCCGACAAAGCCUUCCAAUCUGAGGCGAGCCAAACGCUCUGUGGCGGCUGCUGGAGUGGCGGCGCCUCCAGCAUCGCAGGCUGCUGAUGCCAACGCCUUGGGCAACUCGUCGUCGGCGGAUUCCGGUGCCUUUCGGGGGUCGUCCGGUGGACGAGCGGCCGAUGAAGACCCGCGGGGAGACGCCGGUCAUCGCCAGGGCAAGAGCGUGCAGCGCGUGUGUAACAUCGAGCUCAGCGUCGACCACACCUUCUACGAGAUGGUGUCAUCGGACAUGUACGGCGACGCGGCCAAGAUUCACGCGGAUAUCACGAGCCUUGUGCACACGCAUGUCGCCUCUGCCUCGGAAAUCUUCGGGAACACAAACUUCAACGGCAUCACAGACAUCUCGUUUGUCGUCCAACGUUUGCAGAUCAACGACUCCAGCGCGUGCGAGGGCUCGGUGCGCCGGUCAAACCCUUACUGCGCCGACACACUGGACGCAACGCUCACGCUUGUCGAGCUGUCCAAGACAAACCACAACAAUUUCUGCGUCUCGUACCUGUGGACGUACCGCGACUUCCCGGGUGGCACGCUGGGUCUGGCGUACGUUGCGGAGCUCAGCGGCAACGCGGGUGGCCUGUGCGAGAAGUUCCAGCCGGACGUGGCGCUGCAGUUGACCUCGGACUACUCGGGGCGGGUUAGCCUGAACACGGGCGUCGUCACCUUCGUCAACAAGAACGUGCGCGUCCCCCACCGGGUCUCCGAGGUCACCUUCGCCCACGAACUGGGGCACAACUUCGGCGCCCAGCACGACCCUCCCGAGUGCGUAGCGGGCGGCAGCGUGGGCAACUUCCUGAUGUUUGCCAGCGCCUCUCACGGCACGAUGCCCAACAACCGGCGCUUCUCCGUGUGCAGCAUCCGCGCCAUCUCGGGCAUCCUCGCGCAGAUGUUUUCCGACCACGGCCCCCGAGCAAACUGCCUUCAGGAGCUGCGGGGUCCGUUCUGCGGCAACUCUAUACGGGAGGAGGACGAAGAAUGCGACUGCGGCUACGACUGGCACGACUGUCGCGAGACGUGCUGCUACCCGCGCGAGCACGGACAGCUCAACCGCAAGGGCUGCACGCUACGUCCGGACGCCAAGUGCAGGCGGGAAACCGGCGUGACUACAUUGCGCUCCCCAAUCACAACGUUCCGCUGCAGUCCUACGAACAGCGCCUGCUGCAGCGAGACCUGCCAGUACCGCAACUCGUCGUGGCUCUGCAGACCAGACGACGACUGCCGAUUCGAGGCCUACUGCGACGGCUGGAACGGAGAGUGUCCCGCGUCGGCGCAGAAGCACGACGGCGUGCUGUGCAAUCGCGGCACGCAGGUUUGCGAUGCCGGAGAGUGCAAGCGCUCCGUGUGUACCGUGUACGGCCUCGUGGAGUGCUACCUCACCGGGGCGCAGCGGACGCCGGACGAGAUGUGCCUCAUCGCGUGCCGAGAGAACGUGUCGGACAGCGUCUGCAUGGAGGCGUGCCAGUUCGAGCGCAUGAAAGACUUCUGCAACAAGAAGAUGGAGCCCGGAGCGCCGUGCGACGACCUGCGCGGCUAUUGCGACGUCUUCCAGAAGUGCCGCCUGGUGGACGCCGAGGGACUGCUCGCCCGCCUGCACUGGCUCGUCUUUGGAGCACGCGGCCUGCACAACGAAAUGGUGCAAUACUGGUACCUCACGCUGUUGGCCGUCGCGCUGGGCAGCGGGGCCACGGCACUGUUCAUCAAGCUGUGUGCCGUGCAUACGCCCAGCAGCAACCCGCACCUCAAGGGCCCGCGCAGCUUCGUCGAAACCUUGCGCCGACCCACAAGUUUGCUUCGCACGUGACCGUCCCCUGGCGCCUAUGACUAUGACUGUGACUAGUGCCAGCUAUGACUAUGUUUCGCAUCAGCAGAUUGAUGGCGCGAAUUACGCAUGCUGAUAACUA